AGCUGCCAACAAUGGCGCCUCUUAAAACCGGAGGUGUUAUUGCGGCGGCCGCUCUCUCCUUCGCCAUUGUAACCUACUUCUUCAGUUACCGCCGUAGAUCGAAUUCUUCAACUCGAGAAAACCCUAAAUCGAUUUGUCCAAGCAAAUCCAAAAACGGGCUUAUUGGAGCCAUUGGCAACACCCCUUUGAUCAGAAUUAACAGCCUCUCCGAAGCAACUGGUUGUGAAAUUCUUGGAAAAGCAGAGUUUCUCAACCCAGGAGGGAGUGUAAAAGAUAGGAUAGCGGUGAAGAUAAUUGAGGAGGCUUUGGAGUCUGGUCAGCUGGUUCGUGGGGGAGUGGUAACAGAAGGAAGUGCUGGAAGUACUGCUAUAAGUCUUGCAACCGUAGCUCCUGCCUAUGGUUGCAAAUGCCAUGUGGUUCUCCCGGAUGAUGCUGCUAUUGAGAAAUCUGAAAUACUUGAAGCUCUUGGAGCAAUUGUUGAACGGGUUAGACCAGUUUCGAUUACACAUAGAGAUCACUAUGUGAAUGUUGCUAGAAGACGGGCAUUGGAGGCAAAUAUAGUGUCAGAAGAGCAAAAAAAUGGUCCAAAUGAUUGUAAAGGCGGUUUCUUUGCUGAUCAAUUUGAAAAUCUGGCAAACUUUAGAGCACACUACGAGGGAACUGGACCUGAGAUAUGGGAUCAGACUGGCGGAAAUUUGGAUGGAUUUGUUGCAGCUGCUGGGACUGGAGGAACUAUUGCUGGCAUUUCCAAGUUUCUCAAGGAGAAGAAUUCAAGCAUCAAAUGCUUCUUGAUUGAUCCUCCCGGUUCUGGAUUAUUCAAUAAGGUGACGAGGGGAGUGAUGUACACUAGAGAGGAAGCGGAAGGGAAGAGACUGAAGAACCCUUUUGAUACAAUAACAGAAGGAAUAGGAAUUAACCGUUUAACACAGAAUUUUCUAAUGGCGGAACUAGAUGGUGGUUUUCGUGGUACUGACAAAGAAGCGGUUGAAAUGUCCAGGUUUCUACUAAAGAAUGAUGGACUUUUUGUUGGGAGUUCUUCUGCAAUGAACUGCGUUGGAGCGGUUAGAUUGGCGCAGUCGAUUGGCCCGGGACACACCAUUGUGACGAUACUUUGCGAUAGUGGGAUGAGACACAUGAGUAAGUUUCACAGUAUUCAGUAUUUAUCUGAGCAUGGUUUGAUGCCUUCAGCUUCCUCUGGACUAGGAUUUCUCGAUAAAACAUUAUAAUGAUCAUCUCUUCAAACAAUGUAUCCAAUUCAAUGAAUAUAGGGUCGAUUCUUUACGGGUAUUUCUUAUUCAAUACAAACUAUGUAGUUUCUUUUCUUCUUC